ACACUGAAAUCUUCGUCCUUUACAAUUUUGAGCUAUGUCUAUGUGGAGCAACCUACCCUUUGAUCUCUUGGCCAAAAUCUUCUCCUUUCUCUCCCCAGGCUCCUUAGCCAGAGCAAGAUCAGCUUGCAGGAAUUGGGAAACAUGUGCCAAGGCUUAUCCUCUGACACCAACAAGUUCUUCAACACAGUCUAAGCCUCUGCCACCAUGGUUCCUGGCUUUUCCAAUUCGUAACAACAGACCAUGCUGCUAUGUUCAUAACCCUGUCAUGGACAUUUGGCACGAGCUUUCCCUUGAGUUCUUACCAGUCCCAUGUGCAGUUCGACCAGUUUCUCCAAUUGGGAGUCUCCUUCUGUUAAGGCUCACCAAUAUUACAACACUGGAACUUGCUCUAUGCAACCCCUUUACAAAGCAGUUUAGGUCCCUUCCUCGGUUGAACAUUUCAAGGACUAACCCUGCUGUGGGAGUUGUUGUUACCAUUUUGGAGUCAAAGUCAAACCAUGUUGGUGAUAAGUUUCCAAGGUUUAGAGUCUAUGUGGCUGGUGGCAUGUCUGAGGCAGAACAUGGUGGCGCCACCUAUGAAACCACUUUAGAAAUGUAUGACUCACAGCUUGAUACGUGGCAAAUUGUGGGGUCCAUGCCUGUGGAAUUUGCAGUUAGGCUUACUGUUUGGACACCAAAUGAGAAUGUGUACAUCAAUGGUACAUUGUACUGGAUAACCUCAGCUAGGGCCUUUAGUGUUAUGGGAUUUGAUAUUAGCACAAAUACAUGGAGGGAGUUGGGUGUUCCCAUUGCUGAGAGGCUAGAAUUUGCCUCACUUGUUAGGUGGAAUGGAGCAUUGGCAUUGGUUGGUGGCACGUGUGGUGAGAAUGCUUGCAUUUGGGAGCUGAAUGAAGUGGACAAAUGGUGUCUAGCAGAUAAGGUGCCAGCUGAAUUGGGGUUGAGAUUGUUAUCAGGGAAGGGAAAUUGGGACAGUGUUAAGUGUGUGGGUAAUGAGGAUGCUAUUUGUUUGUACAGAGACCUUGGAUCUGGAAUGAUAGUUUGCAAAAAAGUUGGAGAUAAAGGUAGAUGGGAAUGGCUUUGGGUUGAUGGUUGUGUUCACAUCAAGGGGAAACAAAUGCCCAAUUGCCAAAUAAGAGGAAUGCUUAUUCAACAACCAAUUCUUGCUUCCUCCCUUAUCUUUUAA